AUGCUGGGUACUGCCCACGAGUCGGUCAAUAUAUUGGCUAUUGGCGUCUCGAUCGUUGGAUUUCUCGAGGCAGCGGCGAGAUUCAGCUCGUUUUGGUCUGCCAAGGAGAAAUUGCGCAUGGUUGAUAGCCUGCGGUCAAUACUUUCAGAGAACUUUAUGGUGGCUAUUGAGACCGCUUCGUCUACGGUGCGCAGUGCGAGUACCUUGGACGGAACGCUCCGCAAUUGGAGGAGGUACGCGCGCCGUUAUACCAACGACGGGCGUCCGCUAGGAGCAAUGCUUUUACAAGAAGGUUAUAUGCGUUUCAUCAAAUCAUGCGUCACCUCUCUUAUUGGAGCGCAGCACAUGUCAGAUGACGAACUCUUGGACGACUAUGUGGAUGGCGUAGGUAUCGCAAGAAGCCAUGAUGAGGCUGAAAUUGCCCUUGUUGAUCGCUUGACCGGAAUCAUCGCCGAAGAGAUUCAACUUGUCGAGGACGGCUCCGAUUACUUGCAAGUUGGCUCACCCUGGCAGCAACGGAUUGCCUUUUCAGUCAAGUCCCUAGCCCUAGUAGGCUAUCUUAAUUGCAUUAUUCUCAGCCAGGAUACAACAAAUACCGACGAGUUCCUGUCAUGGCUGGAGGACACACUUGUGGACCCAAAUCAGAUGUCCUCAGUCGAACUUGCGACAGUCACGUUAAAGUGUAUAACAAUUGUUUCGAGAAUGUCCAUCAACAGUGCAUCCCAUGGAACCCGUUCGCUCCUUCGAUUCAUCGUCGAGGGUGGAAUACCUGCAGGAAGCAUAGGCUCGGUUGCUGCGCGAUGCCUGUCACGGGUUCUCGGUGUUCUCUCCCAGGACUCUAUCAUCACAACUCUCUAUUCCUUGGGAAAUGUCCUAAGCCCUGGAUCUGGUACCGAUAAAUCGUACCCAGGGCAGCCCAUUGGAGAGCCGACUGCACUUACGUCCACCCCAUUUCAACAAGCCAAGGACGAUAGCAUACCCUCUCUUGCAGUCAGUGAGACGGAGGACAAUACGCCAUAUCGAAGCGUAGUCCAUGCUAUCGUCACGAUUGCAGCGAGUUGUCAUGAUGAACAGAUUAGCGCGCUAGCGCAGUCGAUGCUGCUACAAAAAAUAGGAAAGCUGAAUACUAUGGUGGAUGCCUGUAUAAUCAAGGAGGCAGCAGCACUCUCUCUGACUACUGGCCAAGCUGAAUUUCACCUGCUGCUCAAGUUCUAUGACCGUGUCUUCCGAGACGGCAUCGCCAAAGGGUAUAGCAAUGUUGUGAAAGCAGUCCUGAGCGCCAUGGCAUUCCUCUCGGUCUCUCUACAAAGGGAAUCCCCUCUGUACAGGCUUUACUUGGUCCAUCUGUUGGAAAGCAUCGUGAACAAAGGAGAUGCAACAGACAUCGAGUAUGAAAGACACAAGGAUAUUACCUUUGCACCAGAAGAUAUCAGCCCACUUUUGAAACCGUUGGCAUUGUUAGUCUCCUCUGAAGGGGGCUCCAAGACUCCUGGAGAUUUACUGCACUAUGAUCAGGACGUGUCUACUCUUUUCCGCGAUGCCUGGUUCAACAUUGCAGUCCAUGGAAUCUCACUCAGCUCAGUCGUUGGACGGAAUCACCUGGCAGAGUUGCGCCUGCUUGCCAAAUAUUCUCCCACCCUUGUUUCCGAAGACCGCAUGGAUUCGGUCGAGAGCGAUGUGGAGCUCAAUACGGUUCUCAGACGUGGCUCGGGGCCUCAACGCCUCGUAGAGCAAAAGAGGAUUUUGAUCAACGAAAUACCCCACCGAGAAUCUGAGAUUAAGCGUUUGAGUUAUUGCAAGGUCGUUUUCCUCAACGCUGCACUACUGGUUGAGAAUCUUCGUGCAUUCUCAGGAAGCUGCACCAAGUCAUUGAGUUACUUUCGAGAUCCCGCCCUGGCUGCUAGCGAGAUGGCCAGUUGUAUGACUGCUAUCACGGAAAAGGUCGUUGACUGUUACCUUGCCUUUACUCUCUCUGGAAGGCAUGAGAGAUUUUCGGUUCCUUAUCUAUCAGAAGAAUUGGCGGGAUUCUUCGUGGCCUGCUGCCACCGCAUAGAAAGAGUUCAGAAGGUGGCCAUCCUCUGCGCGAAUCGGAUUAUACAAGAAUGCCCAUCAGCUCUCUGCGAGAAACACUCUCUAUUCGCUCUGCUUGAACUUUUAACGGUUGUGUGGAAUUCUUGUCUCGAAGAAGAGCUCGAUGAAUUUGAAUGGAAACCUUCAUUCACUUCUCCUAUAGGCAUUGUCAAGGUUGAUCUGCCCGAUAGCUAUGGCUUCAGAAGGAAAACUCUAGACUCACUAGCGGAACGAGCAAGGGCUUGGGUGAUGGCAGCCAUGGAAAUUGCUCCUCUCGAUAUCAAGGGUCUGCUUCAGACAUAUCUGUCCGCGUCGAAUGAUAGCGCCGCAAACGGGGAUAUCUCAAUGGGUCGUUCGUUUGCGCUCGAAAUGGGAUCUCUUAUCCCGCAAAGCGAUCACCGACUAGGGUCCAUUGAAAGCUACGGGGCGCCCAAGAUCAAUAUUGCAUCGGACUUUAUCGCCCAACAUACUACCCGUCAAAUUUAUCGUCGCACCGACGAUGAUCAUACAUCAGCUCUGUCAUUGCAUGAAUCGAGCAAGAGAGUGGAGAGCCUGCUACUAAACAUUGACAAGGCCAUCAGAUCCGGAACUCAUGUCACUCUGCCAGAGGUACGCGAUGCCUUGCAGCGCGCUGCGAGUCUACUCUGCAGCACAAACGCACCCCAUACCGCCAUCUCUCACCAUUUGGUCUCUUUACCCUUUCGAAUCUUUACUAGAGAGUCUAUCAAUAUCGGUGUGUCCCUUUGGCUGGGUGUGAUCCAUGAGAAUCCGAAGUUGGAGCCCAGAAUCCUAUUCGAGGUGGUCGAAGAAUGGGAAAGCACAAUUCUACGUCGACAGGGGCUAUUUGAUCCUUCGUUCAAUCAUGUCGACCCAUUGUAUGCCAAGAUCGAGCUUCUACCAACGGACAAGGAUCUCAUGCUUCAACAACAACGGUCAGCGCAGAAUAUCCUUGCGCCACACUUGAAGAUCAUACAGUUCUUUGAAAGCCAUUUCAACGCAGUCAGACUUGGCAACGUUCAAACCCAACGUCUAUUUUGCCGUUUCGUUGAUCGUACGACGGCCGGCCUUUUGUUCGCUAGCAAUCAUCCUCUAGCACGAGAACUGCAUUUCCGCAUUGUUUCGUUCUGUCUGAGAGUCCUCAGGCAUUGCACCUCACUUGAUAAUGUCACGCUUUGGAGGCUCAAGCAUCAGAUACUAUCUGCAGCUCUAAGCUGGUUCAAUGAAGCCCCUCGGUGGUCAUUUGGAGGCAAUCGGCUACAACUGAAAGCCGAAGACAAGAUACUAAGCGAUGUUAUAGCUGCCCUGACCAAAGUAUCUCAUGUGGGCUGCAACACCCGGUGGCCAUACACAUCUUUACAGGCGAAACAGGACCUUCUUCAGGUUCUUUUAGAAAACGAGAGAUCUCGUCUCAAGGUCUGGCUGUUCCCACUGGAACCCGAUCGGAAACACAGUGCAUCCCAAUCCCCUCUCAGCAAGCAUCUCACAGAGGAGAAUAUGCUACGGAUCGCUUGGGCAGAGAGUCCAGGGUUAGCUAUCCAACUUUCGACUCGGUUCACGUCUGGAAAGCUUAGCAAUGACGUUCGAAAGCUACUCCUCAGCUUUCCUGAAAAGGCCAUCAAUGAGCCUAGCAGCCUUGAGAUUCUGUUUGGCUCUGCGCUGCCGGCCGAUGUUUCUUCUCAGUUAAAGUAUCUGCUCUACUGGGCUCCUGUCAAUCCCAUUGAAGCAUUGACCUAUUUCUUGCCCGCAUAUGGCAACCACCCAUUCAUUUUGCAAUACGCGAUGAAGGCUUUGGAAAGCCAUUCCCUUGACGUCCGGUUUUAUUUUGUUCCACAAUUGGUGCAAGCUCUCAGAUACGAUGCUCUUGGCUACGUCGAGCGGUAUAUCUUAGAGACUGCAAAACAGUCCCAGCUGUUUUCGCAUCAAGUGAUAUGGAACAUGAAGGCUAAUUCUUACAAAGACGAGGAUUCUCAAGUGCCGGACCCUCUUAAGCCGACUUUGGAUCGCUUCAUGGAUACCUUGGUUACGAGCUUCAGCGACGAGGAGCGCGACUUUUACCAACGGGAAUUCUCAUUUUUCAACGAAAUCACCGGCAUUUCGGGGAAGCUCCGCCCAUACAUCAAAAAGAGCAAGUCGGAAAAGAAGGAAAAGAUUGAAGAAGAGCUCCGCAAAAUCAAGGUCGAGGUUGGUGUAUAUCUUCCAAGUAACCCUGACGGUGUCGUGGUUGGGAUCGAUCGCAAAUCUGGAAAGCCUCUACAGAGUCACGCAAAGGCGCCUUACAUGGCAACUUUUAGGAUCCAAAAGACUCGUACCCGCUACGAUGACGAUGAUGCGACCAAUGGCAUGAACCAUACCCGCUACGAUAACGAGCUAAUCAAGUCAUCGCAAAACCGCCACUCCAACUCGCAUCAAGAAACUUACGAGGUCUGGCAGUCGGCCAUUUUCAAGGUUGGUGAUGACUGCCGCCAAGACAUGUUGGCAUUGCAGAUGAUUGCUGCGUUUCGGAGUAUUUUCUCCAGCAUCGGCCUCGAUGUGUGGGUGUUUCCGUACCGGGUGACUUCCACGGCGCCUGGGUGUGGCGUCAUUGAUGUUCUGCCCAAUUCAAUUUCCCGGGAUAUGCUCGGCCGUGAAGCCGUCAAUGGACUGUACGACUAUUUCGUCAGCAAGUACGGUGGAGAGGAUUCAAUUCAAUACCAGGAAGCCCGGACCAACUUUGUCAAGAGUAUGGCGGCGUAUUCCGUCAUCUCCUACCUGUUGCAGUUCAAGGACCGACAUAACGGUAACAUCAUGCUUGACGAUGCUGGCCAUAUCAUUCAUAUCGACUUUGGAUUUUGUUUCGAUAUCGCACCUGGUGGUGUGCGCUUCGAGCGCGCCCCUUUCAAGCUCACAUCGGAGAUGGUAGCUGUGAUGAGCGGCACCCCGCACUCGCACGGCGGCAACCACGGGAGCUCGAGCGGCGGAAUCUUACCCGGAGGGUCUCAUAACCCGACUCAGACGCAGGCAUAUCGCUGGUUUGAGUCACUGGUCGUCAAGGCAUUCCUCGCGUCUCGACCGUAUUGCACCAAGCUAACCCACAUUGUAUCCUUGAUGCUGGACAGUGGGCUGCCAUGCUUCAAGCCGGAGACACUCAAGCACUUCCGUGACCGGUUUGUGCUGGACAAGAAUGAGAGGGAGGCGGCAGAGUAUAUGCGCGAGCUGACUCGCAAGUCCUACAUGAGCAUGUCUACCAAGGGAUACGAUCAGUUCCAGCUCUUUACGAACGGCAUCCCCUACUAG